CACUUGUACAUCCUCACAGUGAACGGGGAAUGAUGAUGAUAAGAGCAACCUUCCUGACAAUAUCACUUUUUGUGCACGGUUACGUUAGGAGCUCCACGCCGAGGCUUUUUAUAUUAGUUCUUCUUAUGGUUAUACCCGUAGUUAUCGGAUUGACUUCUCCGAUAUACGAAAUGAGCACUGUUUUCCCUAGACAAUUCUUUUUUCCGAUAUUAACAGCUUCGGCAAUUGUGCUGCUGGUAAAUGUGGCGAUAUUCCCCGAGUUUGGAAGCACAUACUUGGGCUUGACAACAAUUGAAGCCCUUCAGAAGACCUUGAAAGUUCAGAAAGAUGCUAGCCAGUUAUUCCUAACUUACAGGAAUCGUCAAACUUCAGAUAUCAAUGGAAACUCAGCGGGGAAGAAACCCUCCUUAAGUGAUCUAACAGAGGCGAAAGCCGAGCUUCGCAAGAAAGUAGCCGAGUGUAAAGGCGCCCUAACUGAAUGCUCAUUUGAGCUUGCAUUUUCAGUCCUUGCCCCAUGGGAAUUGAAGCCUAUAGCGAGCAAGGGCGUUAAGAAGCUGGUCGCCAACACUCUUAGUCUUGUUGGGGCCUGUGAGAGCAAAUAUGCAUUACUUGGCGAUGGAGGCGUAACACAUAACCAAGCAGCGGAGAAUAAACACAGCGGAAAGAUGCGCUCAGUGGAGGGCGCUAACAUUGACCAAGUGAGACCGAGAAAAGAAAUUGAAUCUGGUGAUCAACAGCUCUUGCGAUACCUGCUUGAACGGGUUGAGGAGCCACUGAGUGGCCUGCAAGCCACCAUUGACAGAUGCGUAGAUAUUAUCAAUACUUGUGUUGCAUGUACAUUUGACGUGCCAACGCUUCCGUCCCUGAAACAGGGUGAAGGAACGCCUCGUCGUCCGAAAGGAAUUCUGGUCCAGGAACUCGAUGUGCAUAUUGAUUGGCUUGAAAAUGAAAUCGAGGAAUUUGGCAGAAGAUCUACUGAAGCCCUCGAAGGCGCAGCACUUAAGGAAACUGACAAUGUAGAGAUGAUUGAUGGGGAGAUUGAUGUGAUGCCUCGGGAUGAGAUUUUCCUAAUUAGCAGCUUUAUGCUGAAUUUGCGUCAGGCUGCUUCACACACGCUGGGUAUGUUAAAACAUUCCCGAAAACUAGUCGAGCUCCAUAAAGACCGUAAAGAAACACGAAGUAUCUGGUUUCCGAAGAUUAAGCUACGGAAAUGGCUUUUCAGCGGAGCCGAAGAGCCCGAGAGUCUUCCGGCUGCCAAGAGGGAUGCUUAUCUCAAGGAAGGCGGAGACCCGGAUGAGGACGAAAUGACAUCCAGAGAAACGGUAAGGGAGAGGAAGGAUCAGGGGCGGGAGAAGACAGUGAGAGAGCGCGUAGCCGACUUUCUUGAAUGGGCUGGCGAUUCAGACGAUGUGCUCUAUGCUUUUAAACUAACAUUAGGUGUUAUGCUGGUGACUUGGCCGGCCUUCGUCAGCGGCUGGCAGAUGUGGUUUUACUACAAUCGAGGAUUAUGGGUCGGCUUAAUAUUUAUCCUUGUUUUCGAGAACGCUGUUGGACCUACAAUCUGGAUCUUUGCCCUCCGUGCUGUGGGCACCUUGAUAGGGUCUGUAUGGGGUUACGCCGCAUACGAGGCACGUAACGGGAACGAAUAUGUGAUCGCAGCCAUGAUCUUGGUAGGAAUGAUCCCCAGCUAUUACGUCCAGCUUGGAACCAGGUACAUGAAAGCGGGCAUGAUCUGCACCAUUUCAAUGUGUGUUGUGGCGCUCUCUACGCAUUUACAAACUGUUCCCGGAUCGUCACAAGAGAACUUUACGAAGCGUUCUGUUACUAUGCUUAUAGGCGGCGUUGCUGCAACUUUGGUACAAAUGAUCGUCCUACCUGCCAAAGCCCGAGUGAGACUGAAAGAGUCACUCGCUUCAGCAAUCGUGCAGAUUACCAAAAUGGAAACAUGCAUAGCAUACGGAGUGGAUGAUACCAGAAAUAUCAUCAGUACACCGAGGCUAUUCCGAAAGUUCGAGCGAUCAGCAAAGAAAGCCGAGGCAGCUCUUACCAGCGCAGAAACCUUCCUGGGUUUCACAAAGCAAGAGCCAAGACUAAAAGGUUCUUUUGAUACCCAGGAGGUGGUGUACAAAGAAAUUAUAUUCGUCCUCCGCCAAAUCGUCGAUAAAAUGGAGAAUAUGCUCCAAAUGCGCAAAGCCUACGGCUCCGCCGUGCUAGAACAAUAUAACUCUUUAGUAUAUGGCUACCGUCGUAACGUCGCUGCUUCAAUCACUCUAAUGCUCUUCGCCUGCCACGAAGCACUGACGACAAAGCUUCCUCUUCCACAAUUCCUACCAUCGGCAAGGUUAGCACAUCUCCGCAUGGUAGUCCGUGUCCGUCAGAUCCUGCUUGAAGAAGACGAGCGGCAAGAACGCGAAGAGCCGAACGAGCGGUUAGACGCCAGCGCCGGGGCCCGGCGUAGAGCACUCAAGCUCAAGUUCCUCUCCUGGAACGCCUCUGCCGCUGCCUUAGAAGAAUGUAUAGAAUAUGUGGAGGAGCUGGUCAACCUCCUGAAAAUGCUCGUCGGAUCGAACGAGUUUAGGUCUGGGCUGCUGCACAGACCAACGUACAGGGAGUACGUCGAGAAGAUGCGACAGCAGAGAAUGGGUACUGGCGGGAGGGGUGUAGAGGGUGAUAAGAAGUCUUCGACAAUCGCUAGCUCCCUCGCUGGAAGGUUAGCGAAGAUAAGAGGAGAGGAGGAGGAUGCGUCUGUAGAGAUUGAUAUUCCGAAUCCGCUGCAGAGGAUUCAUUCCCGAAGGGUGGCGGUGAAAACGGGGAGGCAGAAGACUAGGACAGUUGAGGCCGUGGAGGAGGAGGAUAGGUGGUAACUGCUCUUUUAUCGGGGCCAUACAGGCGCUUUUCCCUUUCUUUUCGAUCUCGGAUACUUGGUUUUUGGCAUUUAAAAUGUAUGGUUGCAUGGGCAUUGGGCUAUGGUUGUAAUGCAUGGAUGGGUUACAGGAAAAGUACAGGGGAGAAGAUUGUCUAAUAGAACUUUGUAUGACCCGCCUCACGCACCCGUAGGGCGUUGGUGAGUGCGGAAGUGUAGGAU